AUGUCCAAAUGUGCUGCGUCAAGUGAUGACGCACCUACGGGGAAGCGCAUCAGAAUGGAUGAAGGAAGUCAGACAGCACCCCUGGCGGAUGAGCGUGCAUGGAGAAUUUUGGAGGAGUUUCUUACGACCGAUAUGACAUAUCCUCGGAUGGAGGAAGCCUUUCUAGCGAAGCCUGAGAUAUGUUGUUCUCCGGUGACGGCAAAGCACAUGUCUCAAGCUCCUUGUGCACCCAAAGUUCCAGACAGGCGAUUGUCCCAGGCGCACGUUCGACCUUCGCAUAGACCCGCCAAGUAUCUGCAGUUACCAAAUCCCUAUCUUGAUCUGUAUGCAGGAAAAGAAGAUGAGGAGGAUGAGGGGGAGGAUGACGACGACGACGAGGAUGGGAAAGAUGAAGACAACGAUGAUGGGAAGGGUGGGGACGACAAUGAUGCGUGGAAGGUUACACACUUACCAGGGUCAUCAUCGGCAACUAGGUUCACUGCGGUGAUCAAUAGCCUCGCGAAUAGAUUCAAGGAUACACAGCGCAACUCGCUGCUAGAUCACCAAGUUCUUCCCUACUCGAUACCUGGCUUGGUGGCUUCGGCUUCGGCUCGAUCGCAUGAUGGGAGGAUGUAUCUUCUUCAUGUCCACCGAAAUGUUACAGACUAUAUUGCUGAACACCUCCGGAAGGAGAACUUCUGCGUCAUGGUGUCAGCUUGGUUAGCGGGGCAGCUCUAUGUGGUAGCAGACAGCCCUAAAACCAUCUCCGAAUCCCUCCCUUUCUCACUCCACCUCGCCGUUAAACGAUAUGAUCGUAUAUCGGAUGAAGAAUGUGAGGCAGUCAAGCGGUCUUGCAGACAAUUCCCCAACCCAGCGUGGGUAAGGUUUAAACAUGACAAAUACAAGGGCGAUAUAGCCCAAGUCUUCGACUCUGACUUACCAAACGAUGUGGUCGCAGUUUUAGUUCCCCCACGGGAACUCCCUUAUCCCAUGCCUCGAGGGUCUCGGUCAUUACUGGACCGAUCCCGCCUUCCGAACGAAGACGCGGUCUCCGACAUCAAUCAUGGCGAAGAAGUCAUAGGGUGCAAAUACAAUGGAGAGAGGUAUUAUAUGGGUCUUCUACUUAAAAAGAACAUGUUGUCUGCCCUCAUGCUGACGACAUACAACUCCACCUACAAUCUGGGUGGAACCAAGCUUUCCUCAAAUCAACUGUGCUUGCGUAAGCCUGGAGAUGUCGUGAGAGUCGCCCGUGGGCCAGAGUAUCCCGCGAAAGGGGUCGUGCGAAGCGUUGACUUUCCAAACACUUGCUUGACUCUACUCUCUGAGAUCGACCACUCGCUCGUUCACGUUCCCAUUGGAUUCGUGAUCAAAGUGUACAACGUCAGCCUGGAUUCUUUCAAGAAGGACAUUGGGCAAGAAGUUUUCAUUAUUGGAGGUGGCCGUAAGGGCUACCGAGCCACGUUGUACAGUUUCAACUCCACGGAUUGCACCGUUGCCCUGCAUGGACAGCAGCACACUAAGAUUCAGCUCAAGGACGUUGCUACCAGGUAUGGCAUGAGGUUGAACGGCGCCAUGCUCGAAGGACCCGACAUUUCGUCAGCUUCUAUUGCAAAUCCGUCAUCAAUCACGUGGACCAACUGGGGCGCUAGCUCCGAGGAUCUGGGCAUGGCCGGUAACCCUUCUAGCCUCAAUCCAUCACAGACUGCCGACCCCUGGACUGUCGAUAUCAAUGACAUGCUUCACGCUAGAACGGAAAAAACCGAAAAGAGCCUGCUAGCAUGGUUGAUGAGCAAGGAAUUUUUGUCCAAGUUCACCACUUAUCACGCGAUGUUGAAAGUUUCUCCCUCCUUCAUGGGAGGCAGACUGCACAAUCGAUUCGUAUCAACGGCUUGUCUUGAUCCCUUCCUCGGUCAGAAUGGACCCGCCUCCGAAGGCUGUGUUGCAGUAUUCUGCUCGUCAAAUACUGCAGGUGCUGCGAUUCAGCACUAUCACAUACCUGCCACGGAUUUGAGCCCAGCCCCUCCGCGCAAAAAAAACCAACAGUGUAUUGUUCUCGACGGAAGUUAUCGCGGUUGUGUCUUUAAUGUAGCUAAGUGUUUCCUCAAGAAGAACACUGUGGAUAUCGCAGUUACUCCAUCAGUGUUUAUCAAUUUGCGCUUUGAUCAGAUUUGUCUUGUAGAACAGUCACGCAUCACUAUGUAA